AUGAGCACUGUCGACCGCCACCCCACCACCACCGCUCUGGAAGACGAGAAGGACUUGAGUACAACGCACGAGAAGGACAUCGUCGUCGCAGAGGAGAACCCCGAGUAUAUUGAGUUUUUGGCAUUGUCCGACUUAUACCAAGGAGAUGCUCUGAAUAAAUUGACCAAAAAGAUCGACUGGCAUGUGCUGCCUCAGCUUGUGUUCAUCUACCUCCUAUCUUAUAUCGACCGAGGCAACGUCGGAAAUGCCAAACUGUUCGGCGCUAUGCAAGACAUGAAAAUGGACUCGAAGAUGUGGAAUCUGGGACUUUCGCUCUUUUUCAUCACGUACGCUUUCGCGGGUCCUCCCUGCUCCAUUCUUUUGAAGAAACUAGGUCCAAAGCUUGUACUCUCGGGUGUUCUGUUGGGCGUCUCGCUCAUCCUCAUCUGCUCCGGCUGCUCCGGGAGUAUCGCCUCAUGGUUCCCUCUUCGAUUGCUUCUGGGUCUUUUCGAAGCCGGCAUGUACCCCGGCUGUGCUUGGGUUCUCACUACCUGGUAUACCCCCGACCAAAUCCACAGCCGACAUACCAUCUUCUACUGCGGUGCUUGUCUUGCCGGAGCCUUCUCCGGUCUACUCGCUUACGGUAUCGGUCAGCUCGACUAUACCUGGGGGUAUCGUGGGUGGCGGUUUAUCUACAUCAUCGAAGGUGUAUUCUCGACGUGCGUGGCAGUGGGCGCGUACUUUGUCUUGCAAGAGACUCCAGCGAAGCAAGGAGGAUGGCUGGACGAUCAGGAGAGGAGGUUUUUGGUAUUGAGAAACAAGUUUGCGUAUGGGAAAGACAAGGGUGGGAGCGCUGAUACGCUCAACAAGAAGGACGUGCUCGCUGCCUUGACCUCUAUCCACGUCUGGAUCCUCUCCUUCGGCUACUUCUGUGUCGGAUGCUGGGUGUACGGCCUCUCCUUCACCAUCCCCACCAUCAUGAACAACAUGGGAUUUACCGCCGCCGAUUCGCAAGCUCUCUCCGCGCCCCCUUACGUUUUUGCAACUUUCUGUGUCGUCGCUUCUGGAUGGUUUUCGGACAAGUAUAAGACGAGAGCUUUGGCUACUGUCCUUCCCGCACUCAUGGGCUUUAUCGGUCUCCUUAUCUGCGUAUUAUCUGUCACCCACAAACACCUUGUUGCGCUGACUUACGUUGGUGUCUGCCUGGCUCAAGGCGGAUCGGUCUGUCUUUCCCCCGCGUUUAGUGUCUGGACAAGUCUCAAUGCUGCUGGCUCAGGAAAGAGGGCUGUCGCGAUCAGUGUAGCUGUUGUUUGGGUGCAAUUGGGCGGUUUGGUUGGGUCUAAUAUCUAUCUGGCGAACGAAUCUCCCGCCUACCACACCGGCUUCGGUGUCUCCCUCGCCUUCCUUGGUCUCGGCAAUAUCGUUACUCCCAUCUUGUACUGGUUCCUUAUCGGCCACAUCAACGGCAAGAGAGACAAGAUGAGCGAAGAAGAGAUCUAUGAAAAGUAUACAGCGGAGGAGCUGCAGGAGAUGGGAGAUUUGUCGCCUCUGUAUCGGUACGAGCGAUGA